AUGGUCUAUCUACAAGCAGAGCUGUCCCUGGUCACGAGCGAGGUUUCUCUAAAGACGUACAUAAUGAUCUGGAAGCGAGCACGUUCUCCUGGGUUAAUGUGGUCGGUUUAUAAUAGCCGUAAAGCAGCGGAGAGGAUGUGCGAGGUGAUUAUUUGUCUUCAGGAGAGAUAUCCAGAUUGUUUGAUUGUAAACUUGGGCAAGUGUUCUUUAGAAUUCACAAAUGUGAAUAUCUAUGGUACAGAAGUCCUAGUGAAAGCUGCUUAUCAGGCUAAUGUUGAGAAGUUCAUUCAUGUUAGUACUGAUGAGGUCUACGAGGGAAGUAUUAAGGAGGAGUUUAAUGAAGCAUCACCUAAACAUCCCAGUAAACCUUACGCAGCAUCAAAAGCGGCAUCCGAGUAUAUUGCCAUGUCCUAUUUGGAAAGCUUCAAAAUUCCAGUUGUCGUAACAAGAAGUAAUGUAUAUGGAUCUCAUCAAUAUUGUGAAAGCAAUGGCAAUCAAUCUGCAGUAGUGUUACGGAGACACAGAGACAAGCCCCAGCCUGUAGGAUACUACUCAGGUAAAAUGGAUCCAGUCAUGAUGGGGCAACACUUGUGUGUUCGCGCCAUCAAACGUGCUACCUGGGCACUAAUGACAUUCUCCCCCUUGAUACGACUGGGGAAGGUUAAAGGUACUGCUUCAGAGUCUAAGCUAGAACUUUGGCUUGAACAUGUUAGUGACAGACCUUCUAAUUAUUUAGGAUAUCCAAUGGAUUCAACAAAACUGUACAGGCUUGGUUGGAAACCCAAAGUAGCAUGGGAAGAAGAAAUUAGAAAAACAAGUAUGGUUAUUCUUUGA